UCUCUGACUUCUCUCACAUAAUAAGAAAGCGAGAGAAAGAAGCUACUGCUCUUUCCAGUUUCCCACUUUUCUUCCCCAUUCUUCUUAGGUAAUUAUGUAAUCUCUCCUCCUUCCUUUCCCCAUUUUUUUUUGAUUUCUGGGGUUUUCGCAAACAUUUUACUUUUGUCCAGUCGCUCCCUACUUGCCGCUCCUUCAAAUUUUGAAUUAGGGUUUUGCACUUGUUCAUUUUUCCCGAAUCUUAAAAUUACGCCAUCACUGCAAUAGGUCUUCUCCAAAAAUGGCGAGCAGAAAACUUGUUCGUGAUUUCUUCUUCUCCAGACAACGCCUUUACCUCCAAUUUUUACCACAUCAGCAGCAAUCGAAUCCGAAGCUAAGGUUGAUGUCUGGAAAUGGGUAUUCGUUGAAUCGUCAAUUUAGUGUGUUUAAUGAGUUUUCCAACAAGAUUAAAGGUGAAGCUACCAGUAAUAAGGAAUUCCAACAAUCAGUUAAGCAGCUGAAAGAGAAAGCAGAGGAGUUGAAAGGAGUAAAAGAAGAUCUGAAAGUCAGAGUAAAGCAGACAACUGAGCAGCUACACAAGCAUGUUGAUGGUGUAUGGACAGAAGCUGAAGAGACUGCAAAGAAGGUUUCCGCAAAUAUGAAAGAGAAGAUAUCAUCUGCAAAAGAGGAGGUUAAAGGGACUCUUGGUUUAGGGAGCCAAGAAUCUUUAGCGUCUAGCAAUAGUACGACAAAUGAAGGUGAUAAUGUUAAAGAUGGGGCCAAACCCUCAUCUGGUGAGGAACACCAGCAAUCUGAGCCUAGGGGUACUGCAGAGACUUUAUUUAGUACUUUUAGGUCAACAUUCGCUUCAUCCUAUCCCAAGAUUUCAUCAGCCUUUCAGAAAUUAAAGGAAGCAAAGGUAGCCGACUUAGCCAAGAAAAGUUAUACUAUAGUGAAGGAAGAAUUGAGUGGAAAGCCAAAUAGAAGGAAAAGAAUGCAGUAUACUGCUUCAUCCUCAACAGGAGAAACAAGUGACAGAACUGAAGUUGCUGUGGUACCAGUGAAGCAGUCCCCAUGGAACAAAAAGUGGGAGUCAGUAAAAGAAAAGAUGCGAGGCAAUCCAAUGUUCAGACGCAUCACUAAGAUGGGUGAACCUGUAGUUACGAAGAGCCAGGAGUUGGCUGAAGAUCUGCAGGAAAGAUGGGAAACUAGUGACAGUCCUGUUGUACAUAAAAUUCAGGAUAUUAACGACAAAGUUUUUGGAGAAAAUGAUUCUGGAAUGUCAUUCAAGGAAAUACGUCGUCGCGAUCCAUCGUUUUCUUUGCCUGAUUUUGUAGCUGAGGUUCAGGAAGUCAUCAAGCCAGUUCUGAAUGCUUACCUUAAGGGGGACUUCAAAGUCUUGGAGAAAUAUUGUAGCUCUGAAGUAGUGGAACGGUGUAAAGCCGAGCAUAAAGUUUUUCAAAGCCAGGAUAUUUUCUUUGAUAAUAAGAUUUUGCAUGUAUCUGAGGUGGAUGUAAGAGAGACUAAAAUGAUGGGGUCUAGUCCCAUUAUUAUUCUUGCAUUCCAAACGCAGCAAGUGUAUUGUGUACGCAAUAGACAAGGUUCGAUAAAGGACGGAAGUCAGGACACCAUCCACACUGUAUAUUAUGCGUGGGCUAUGCAACAAAUGGACCCAGAAGAUAUAAAAGAUGAUGCUAUUUACUCAAUGUGGAGGCUAAGAGAGAUGCAACAAGUUGGUGUCGCCGCUCUUAUUUAGAGUUUCCUCUACUUAUUACGUGAUGAACGUGUGUUGUAUCACUUCUCGGGGUUUUUAGGGAAGUUCUUUUUUAGUAGGCCGAUUUACAUUUUUUUUAGGAAAUCCUCCUAUUAUUUUGAGAAAAAGAAAGGUAUAGGGAAAUGAUUUAGCUGUGAAUUCUUCACUGUCCAAUUAUGUUGAAUUUUAAAAAUAAAAACAAAUUAUACUAUUGAUGGUUUCAUUGUGCUGUAUUGA